AAUAAAAAAUUGUAAAUAUAAAGAGUUUGGGUGAUUUUAUUCGAAGUUUAUCUCGGGCUCGUUGCCAAAGAAUUCAGUUGUUCGCUGUGUAAAAAUGAAUACCUAGUUUCUCCGAUCGGUUAAGUAGUGUGAAGCUACGUAACGUAGAAUUUGUAAAAAAUUAAUUUAUAAAUCGUCGAUAGCUAUGACUUUCCUUAGCCUUCUCAGCUACGUUUCUCUACUCGUGCAAAUAUGUUUUGUUACGGUAUCAAUAGCUGCUGGUCUAUACUACCUGGCGGAAUUGGUUGAGGAGUACACGGUAACGGCUAAAAAAAUCAUUACGUGGAUGGUGGUUGGCUCACUGCUGCUCUAUGUUAUAUUCAUAUUUACGGAACCGUUUUCCUGGACCAUGUUACUAUGUGGCAUAGGGGCACAAAUACUCCAUUUAGUUAUAUUGAAAAACUUCCCUUACGUUAAAUUCCUUUCGCCAUACUUUCUGAGUGCUGUGAUUUUGUUAUUGGUCAAUCAUUAUUUGGCGUUCAUCUAUUUCCAGCAACAGCUUCAUCCGUUUACUGAGGUUAUGGCUUAUUUCACGCUUUGUUUAUGGCUGGUACCAUUUGCACUGUUCGUUUCGUUGUCUGCCAAUGACAAUGUUCUUCCGACGAGCAAUGAGAGAACGCCACUACUAAGUGACAACGACAUAGUGACGAAUUACUUUUCUAGUAAGAAAAAACUUGGACUUCUGUCGCUUUUUAACUACGCUAAAGAAUCACUUUUACCAGAGCGUAACAAGAAAUCUUUUUAAGUUUCAUCCGUCAGUGAUAACCAUAUGGUUCUUAUUGAAAACUUAGACCGAUAAUAAUAAGCAUUUACAUUGAUGUUAUUUUUUGUUACAUAUUUAUUAUGGUACCAACACAAAUUCGUUUGCGUAAAAAAUAAACAUUGAGUGAGAUAGU